AAGAAUAUUAUAAACCAUGUUGGCAACAUUGUAGCCAGAGCUGUCUGCUCUUUGCAACCUGUAAAUAUAUUUUUCUUAAAUAUUAAUAAAAAUACACAAUGGUUGACGAAUCAACCAAGAAAACACUAAACUGUAUUCCACUUUUGAAAACAAAAGCUGGCCCCCGUGAUAAAGAUUUAUGGGUCCAGAGGCUAAAAGAAGAGUAUCAAGCUCUGAUAAAGUACGUGCAGAACAACAAGGGCGCGGACAACGACUGGUUCCGGCUGGAGUCCAACAAGGAGGGCACCAGGUGGUUCGGCAAGUGCUGGUUCAUACACAACCUGCUCAAGUACGAGUUCGACGUGGAGUUCGACAUCCCAGUGACGUAUCCGACCACGGCUCCUGAGAUAGCUCUGCCUGAGCUCGACGGCAAGACAGCGAAGAUGUACCGAGGAGGCAAGAUCUGCCUCACGGACCACUUCAAGCCACUGUGGGCACGGAACGUGCCUAAAUUUGGCAUCGCACACGCAAUGGCUCUUGGCCUGGGCCCGUGGCUCGCAGUGGAGAUCCCAGACUUGAUAGAGAAAGGUGUCGUCACCUACAAGGAGAAGACGGAGGGAUGACUGCUUCCGCCCGUCCGAACGGAGCUGCUGAUGUGUCACACGGAUCGACAGUUGGUGUGCGACUGUUUCAGAGCUCACACCUGUUCCAGUGGACUGUUAUUGUGUUUUUAAGAAUAAUUGCAUUUACUGUUGAUGAAAAAAAAUGUUUAUUGCAAAUAUAUAUAUAUUUUUAAACUACAUAUGAUGUUGUAACUUAGUGAUACUAUUUUAACAACUACUAAUACCAACAAACUUGCAUUACUAUUCAAGCAGAUCAUUCUUUUUUUUUUUAAGUUUAAGAUGCUUGGGUGUAACACAACUGUGCAAUUCACAUGGCUCAAAGCAGAGCUAACAGCUGAAUAUGAAUAAUUUUGAUUACUGUAUAUAUGCUGUAAUUAUAAACUAAAAAGGUAGUGGUGAUCACAAAUUAUUAAAUUUUUUUCUUUAUACUUUAA